AAGGAUGGGCGGGCGGCGGGUCCGGGUCUGGAGGCUGGAGCUGUGGGCUGUGGGCCAUGGUUGGUUGGAUUGAGCCAGGCCGGGCCGGGGCGCCGAGCUGGAGGGGGUGGCAGUGAGCGGCGGCGGAGGCUGCAGGGUUCGAUUUGGCUGACUGGGGAGUCGGCCGGUGGCAGCGCACACUUAGUGUUAUCAUGUUGGCGGGAGUGUCCUUGCUGUUAUUUGUAGGACAGAUAGACAUCUGACCAGCCUUUCCACUUCAGCAUCCCUCCAGUUCAUUCAUUCAACAAGUAUUUAUUGAGCACUUCCAUGAUCCAGGAGCCAUGCGGGGCCAGCGGAGCCUGCUGCUGGGCCCUGCCCGCCUCUGCCUGCGCCUGCUUCUGCUCCUGGGCUACAGGCGCCGCUGCCCACCUCUGCUCCGUGGCCUGGUUCAGCGCUGGCGCUAUGGCAAGGUCUGCCUGUGCUCCCUGCUCUACAACUCCUUUGGGGGCAGUGACACCGCUGUGGAUGCUGCCUUUGAGCCUAUCUACUGGCUGGUGGACAACGUGAUCCGCUGGUGUGGGGUGGUGUUCGUGGUGCUGGUGAUCGUGCUGACCAGCUCCAUCGUGGCCAUCGCCUACCUGUGUGUCCUGCCCCUCAUCCUUCAAACCUACUCAGUGCCACGACUCUGCUGGCAUUUCUUCUAUAGUCACUGGAAUCUGAUCCUCAUCGUCUUCCAUUACUACCAGGCUAUCACCACUCCACCUGGAUACCCACCCCCGGGCAGGAAUGAUAUCACAACGGUCUCCAUCUGUAAGAAGUGCAUUAACCCCAAGCCAGCCCGAACACACCACUGCAGCAUCUGCAAUAGGUGUGUGCUGAAGAUGGAUCAUCACUGCCCCUGGCUAAACAACUGUGUAGGCCACUAUAACCAUCGGUACUUCUUCUCUUUCUGCUUUUUCAUGACUCUGGGCUGUGUCUACUGCAGCUACGGAAGUUGGGACCUUUUCCGGGAGGCUUAUGCUGCCAUCGAGAAAAUGAAACAGCUCGACAAGAACAAACUACAGGCGGUUGCCAACCAGACUUAUCACCAGACCCCACCACCCACCUUCUCCUUCCGAGAAAGAGUGACUCACAAGAGUCUUGUCUACCUCUGGUUCCUGUGCAGUUCCGUGGCACUUGCCCUGGGUGCCCUAACUGUGUGGCACGCUGUUCUCAUCAGUCGAGGUGAGACUAGUAUCGAAAGGCACAUCAACAAGAAGGAGCGACGUCGGCUGCAGGCCAAGGGCAGAGUUUUUAGGAAUCAUUACAACUAUGGCUGCUUGGACAACUGGAAGGUAUUCCUGGGUGUGGACACAGGAAGGCAUUGGCUGACUCGGGUGUUGUUACCUUCCAGUCACCUGCCCCAUGGGAACGGAAUGAGCUGGGAUCCCCCUCCCUGGGUGACUGCUCACUCAGCCUCUGUGAUGGCAGUGUGAGCUGGAGUGUGUCAGCCACAACUUGAGCACCACCCUGCUUCCUCCACUGCCUCAAGGGCCUUCAAGGAUAGCUUCUUGGAAUCCUUGAGCAAAAAGAGCCAGUGGGCCUGCCUUAUGGUACCAUGCAGGGACAGCUCAAGGACCAGUCUCCUGGCCAUGGCGGAAGCAAGGCAUGAUGUGGCAAAAUCCUAGGACUGAUGUCCCUUUACUCAGGCAAACAGAAGUUCCAGCCCCAGACUGGAGAUCAGGCAGCUAGCAACCUUGCCGGGUACUGACCCCGACCUCCUCCAGCUUACAGCACUGGGGUUGGCUACCACCUCUUCCACUUGCCAUCUGAGAAAACACCUGAAUGGUAGAGCUGAGAUCCUGGCUCCUCAACAGGGCAAAGAUACCAGGCCUACUGCUGAGGUCACUGCCACUUCUCACGUGCUGAAGGGAGCAAAAAUAAAGGUAUUUGAUUUUUUAAAGAUA